AUGACGAAUACCACCCCUCGUGGGCUCCUCUGCCCCAUUAACGAGACUGUCAAAAGUCCCAAUGCGACUCCGAAACGGUUCCCGAGAGGCAGCCGCUUACAGUCUCGUCCUUUCUAUACUACGAUCCUCCUUCUAUCAGUUUUGACUGCAUAUUCGUUUCUGUCGCAUACAACCUUCGCGCAGUCCGUCUCAAAUCGCGCGACAGAUCCCGAUCAGCUUUUCAAGCGCGGUUCCGCUGCGGUCGAAACACCCGAGUGUAAUCAAGUCCACAACGCUGAGGACAAAUGCGCCUUUGUGCGCAAAUACUGCAGCGACGACGACGCCGGGCUCAUACACUAUAUUGAACUGUAUUAUUGCUCUUUCGGCAACGUCAGACCUAUCGCAUUCACAGUUCUCGUGCUUUGGCUGGGCCUCCUCUUCACCACCAUCGGUAUCGCUGCGAGUGAUUUCUUCAGCGUCAACCUAAGCACGAUCGCGGCAGUCCUUGGCCUUAGCGAGAGUUUGGCAGGCGUCACAUUUCUCGCCUUUGGCAAUGGGUCUCCCGAUGUGUUCAGUACUUUUGCAGCCAUGGGCUCUAACAGCGCCAGCAUGGCCGUUGGAGAGCUCAUCGGCGCGGCAAGCUUUAUCACAGGUGUCGUUGCUGGUUCUAUGGCACUGGUGAGGGAGUUUCGUGUCGAUCGGAAAUCAUACACCCGCGAUAUUUGCUUCUUCAUUCUUGCGGUCGUCUUCACCAUGAUCUUCCUAGCUGAUGGUCACCUGCACCUGUGGGAGUGUUGGGUGAUGAUAGGGUACUAUGGAGUGUAUGUCGUUACUGUUGUAACAUGGCACUGGUACUCCACAAGGCGCAAAGCUAGACAGCGCAGAGAAGGCGAAGCACGCAGCCAUGUAUAUGCAGCCCUGGGUCACUCGGGGGAUGAGUUGGCCGGCGAGCCAUAUAGAGACGACCCAGAUGAUGUUGGUUCGGGUCCGGGCACUGCGCACGCUACGCCGCCUGAUAUUUCACUCCUUGAAGCCGGGCCUAGGAUUGAGGUUGAUGGGUCGCCUCAGCGAGCUGAAAGCGACACGUCCAGUGAAGACCAUGACCGCAUGGUUGCAGCCGAGGUUGCCAGCAGCAUGCGAGUUCUACGAGGUCGUGGAGUUAGAAGAAACACAAUGACACCCAUCCGACCCAGUCUUGUAGGUGCACUGGAAUUUCGGUCUGCUUUGGCGCAGCUACAACGCGAGGGUAAUCUACAGUUGUCCACUAUCCCAGGAAGAAGCUACUCGGAUUAUCAUGUGCACAGGCGCAGGCAGACCACCGCAACAGUCGCAGAAUCGGCUCGGUCUGAUGGUCAGUUGGACCCGAACGCUGGCGAGCACGCGCCCAUAAGGAACAGAGCGCUCUCUUCUGGAGACCUUCCAGUCGGUGUGCCUGCUCACCCGGACCUACACAUUCCACGCCGCAAUGGAUCUGAACCAACCUUGUCCGUUCCUGGCUCAACAGCCAGUGGAACAAGGGCAUCAAGCCCCAGCCCGUCUUACACUGUAGGAGGAAACUUGGCAGCGCCUCCGGUCGGUCCUAGUGGGACCACCCACGAUGCUCCUCCAGAAGGUCAGAAAGGACAGCUGCUGACUCCCGAGCUUCGCCUGCAAAUACCUUCCAGCCGCCGUAGCAGUUACAGUGACCGCUCCUCGCCUAACACGCCUUUCCCCGUGUACAGCGAUUCGCCAGCACUGCUUACACCCAAUUACCAGAAUGACCCAAUUGAGUUCGUCUCGCCAGGAGGAGUAUCACCGAGUACCGUUGCGCCGGGUCCAGCAAGUCGUGAGACACCCUUUGCCGACUUGCAACUGACAGUCGAUACACCAUCACGCCCUGUUAGAUGGUGGCCUUAUGCCGUGCUACCAGCUCCCCAUGUCUUGUGGGCAACCUUGUUCCCUACAUUGCAAGGCUGGAAAGAGAAGACGGCAUGGGAUAAGUUUGUCAGUGCCAUCUCUGUCCCAAGUAUCUUUCUGUUGGUGGUGACUUUGCCCGUCGUUGACUCAGAAACAACAGACGGCGAAUCAUCUAUCCUCGAGGCACUCAACGACCACACCGAUCAUUAUCACCACGAUCAUCAAGUUGUUGGGCACAUGGCUCCGCCCAUAUCAAUUGAGCACUCGGCGAUUGAGCCAGAAGGAGAGUCAGAAUGGGAGCGCUAUCGUAGACACACCAUCACAAGUCGUGGCAACAGUCAUGUUGGGCCUGCAACCACACCUUCUACAGCACACGCUGCAGAUAGAGAGAAUCUGGCCGCCUCGCAGUUCUCCCUGGGUCCACCAGCCAUAGUGGCAAAGCCUGCUUCAGAUUUCCAUUCCUCCAGUAGUGUCAAGAAUGACUGCACAGGCUGGAACCGAUGGCUCGUGGCGCUGCAACUCUUUACUGGUCCUCAGUUUGCUGUCCUUGUAUUGUGGGCCAAUACCUUGGAGGACUGGGAGAACCCUCAUAAAGCGUUGGUCCGUAUGAUGUUGUACACACUCCUUGCAUCUCUCAUUCUUCUUGGUAUCUUGGUCGUUUUUACGUCAGAGGACAGGCCCCCUCGUUAUCAUUACAUGCUUUGCUUCAUGGGGUUCAUUAUUAGUAUUGCUUGGAUCUCAACUAUCGCAGGCGAGGUUGUAGGGGUCCUCAAGACAGUCGGUGUCAUUUUGAAUAUCUCGGAAGCGCUAUUAGGUCUCACCAUAUUUGCUGCGGGCAACAGUGUGGGAGAUCUAGUUGCUGAUAUUACAGUAGCACGACUUGGAUCUGCUUGCUUCGGUGGCCCUAUGUUGAACAUCCUGCUAGGCAUCGGUAUCGGCGGUGCCAUGAUGACGAUCCAGAAGGCAAACAAGAAGCACCGCAAGAACCCGAGCCAUCCCAUCAAGUACAAGCCUUACCGCAUUCAAGUCGGUGGGACGUUGAUGAUCUCAGCUAUCACACUACUCGUCACGCUCGUGGGCUUGCUUAUUGUUGUGCCCAUGAACAAAUGGAUCUUGAGUCGCAAGAUUGGAUGGGGACUGAUCACGCUGUGGGCAUUCCCAUUCCAUUCUCUCUUUUUCAACCACUCCCAAACCACAACAACAUUCACAAUGGCUCUCGCGUCCCCCCCCUCGUACACUCCUCUCCAGGAGCGUCCUCUCAAGGACACCAUCUGCCUCUUCGACGUUGACGGCACACUCACACCUGCGCGCCUGGACGCCUCGCCCGAGAUUCUCGAGAUCCUUCAGAAACUUCGCUCAAAGUGCGCUAUCGGAUACGUUGGUGGCUCUGACUUCGCCAAGCAACAGGAGCAGCUGGGCAAGCCCGCCGGACAGCCCGUCACCGCCCUCUUUGACUUCUGCUUCUCCGAGAACGGCCUGACAGCCUUCAAGCUCGGCGAGCCUCUCGAGUCGAACUCAUUCAUCAAGUUCAUUGGCGAGGAGCAGUACAAGGAGCUUGCCAACUUCGUCCUCCACUACAUCGCCGAUCUCGACAUCCCCGUCAAGCGCGGCACCUUCAUUGAAUUCCGCAAUGGCAUGAUCAACAUCAGCCCCGUCGGUCGUAACGCCAGCACCCAGGAGCGAAACGACUUUGAGGCGUUCGACAAGGACGCUAAGGUCCGAGAGAAGUUUGUCGCUGUUCUCAAGGAGCGAUUCGGCCACCUCGGCCUCACCUUUUCCAUUGGUGGCCAGAUCUCCUUCGAUGUGUUCCCCACCGGGUGGGACAAGACUUACUGCCUCCAGCACCUUGAGAACGAGUCCAAGAAGCCUGACGGUAUUGCCUACAAGACCAUUCACUUCUUUGGUGACAAGACAUUCGAGGGUGGCAACGACUACGAGAUCUACACCGACUCCAGGACAACUGGACACUCCGUCACCGGACCUGAGGACACCAUGCGUAUCCUCAAGGAACUCUUUGAUCUCUAA